UCUACUGCUGCAGUGCUUCUUCUGAAAUCAUCUAAUUCUCUUCACUUUUUUUUGCUUUUUUGGCACAACUCGCACAUAAAUAGAACCAUUUCUCAUCAUUUAAUGGCUCAUUAAGACACAACACAAAACAUCCCCUCCCAACAAAAUGGGUGAGCUUCGCUCCCUGGCUUACACUGCUGGCAGCCUCCAUAGCUCUUCCCUAGGUUGGGAUUUUCACAACCUUGGAGUUCUCAACCACGACACAAUGUGUUUAGAGUCUGAUUUUUCAAGCGGCUAUUUGGAAGACGCUUUGGUUGAAUUUAGGGACCGAACCAAACGAAGACGCAUGCUGUCGUAUACAGAUGAUCAUACUGAUGAUGAUGGUUUCAAAGAUCUUGAGCAGAGCCACUGGAAUUCAAACAGCUCAUGGGGAAUGUCCGAGAAUAUUUAUUCCUUGAGCCAGAUUAACAGCAUCGACGGAUUCUCAGAUGAGCCUAUAAUUAUGAGCAGAAUCAGCGAGGACACAAGCCUUAUCACGGACGUACAAACCCCAGAAGAUCAGGUCCCUGAAGCUACAGAUUCUUCUUCAUCUUCUUACAAGCAACAACCUAGCACCACGUCUUCUGACAAAGAAACCCUCUUCUCCACAGAUCCUGCUGGAGAUUCUGUUAAGAGUGCGAAGAAAGUGAUAACGAGGGUGGUGUAUCCAUUUGCAUUGGUGAAACCAGGAGGUGUUGAAGGGGACAUAACCUUAAACGACAUAAACGAGAGGAUACUAAUGCCGCCAACAAGGCCGGUAAGGCAUCCGGUGGGGGACUUUGCAUGUCGGCCAUGUGUGUCCCCUGAUGGUCCAGGGCUUUCUGGGAAAGCUGUCGUCGCCCUUACAAGAAUCCACACACAGGGAAGAGGAACAAUCACCAUUAUCAGAACUAAAGGCUAAGAAUUAUUUGUGUGUAGCUAUACUUUUUAUAAUUAGCUGUUGUUGGGCUUUUAAGACGUGCUUGUUUCAAACUGAUGCGUUGUAUAGAUAGAGAUUUUUAUGCAUUAUUUGAUCAGUUUUCGUACAUAAUAGUUACCCAAAUUAAAGCUA